AUGUCCACCUCCGCCGCUCUGUCGCUCUAUCGGCGAUCCCUGAGGCUGUCCCUCGACUGGGCCGUACACCGGUCAGUGUGGCGCGGACAGGCUGUCUACAUUCGCUCGUUGUUUGAAGCCAACAAGAACGUCCGCGACCCUCGCCAGCAACAGGUGCGCGAUCAAGCCUACCCUCCCCAUUUCCGAGCAAUUGAACAUUUUACUCACACAGGAGGUCUCCAGGUACUGCUGCGCGAAACAGAGAAACUCCUCGAGUCUUGGAAACACCCCGACCCCUACCGGCACCCGACUGCUCCUGGUGGAAAUAAAUGGGAGCGCAACUUGCCUGCUCGUAUUCUCCCCUACGCGGAGGCCCCCGGCGCGCACUAA